AUGGUAGCUUUAGUAGUUACUUCACGGAUACUCAUGCACGACUCGAACAUGCUCAUCCGCGCAACGAUCACAAGCCCUCGCCACAUUCUCAUUCCACCUUUCUCGUCGCCCUCGCUGCCGCGCUCGGCCGGUCGUUAUCUCCACUCCCUACACGUCGCGCUCGCUAUCUACCUUUCCCUUCCCGUUGAGCUCUUGAUAUUUCCCCUCCCCGUCCGGUCGAGCUUUCGUUUUCCCCUUCCCUUUCCGUCGAAAAUUCGUUUUCCCUUCCCCUUCCCGUCGAGCUCGCGUUUUCCCCUCCCCUUCCCGACGCGCUUUCGCUAUUUCCCCUCCCCUUCCCUUCACGCUAUCUCCCCUCCCGUUACCGUCGCGUUCACUGUUUCCCCUCCCCUUCCAGGCGCGCUUGCUAUUUCCCCUCCCCGUCUAGUCGAACUCGCAUUUUCCCCUCCCCUUCCAGUCGCUCGCUAUUUCCCCUCCCCUUCCCGUCGAGCUCGCGUAUUUACCUCCCCUUCCCGUCGCGCUCUCGCUAUUUCCCCACCCCUUACCGUCACGCUCGCUAUCUCCCCUCCCGUUACCGUCGCGCUCGCUAUUUCCCCUCCCCUUCUAGGCGCGCUCGCUAUUUCCCCUCCCUUUCCCGUCGAGCUCGCGUUUUCCCCUCCCCUUCCCGCCGUGCUCUUGCUAUUUUGCCUCCCCUUCCCGCCGCGCUCUCGCUAUUUCCCCUCCCCUUCCCGUCGAGCUUGCGUUUUCCCCUCCCCUUCCAGUCGAGCUCUCGCUAUUUUGCCUCCCCUUCCAGUCGCGCUCGCUGUCUCCCCUCCCGUUCCCGUCGCGCUCGCGAUUUCCCCUCCCCUUCCAGGCGCGCUCGCUAUUUCCCCUCCCCUUCCCGUCGAGCUUGCGUUUUCCCCUCCCCUUCCAGUCGAGCUCUCGCUAUUUUGCCUCCCCUUCCCGCCGCGCUAUCGCUAUUUCCCCUCCCCUUCCCGUCGAGCUUGCGUUUUCCCCUCCCCUUCCAGUCGAGCUCUCGCUAUUUUGCCUCCCCUUCCAGUCGCGCUCGCUGUCUCCCCUCCCGUUCCCGUCGCGCUCGCUAUUUCCCCUCCCCUUCCAGGCGCGCUCGCUAUUUCCCCUCCCCUUCCCGUCGAGCUUGCGUUUUCCCCUCCCCUUCCAGUCGAGCUCUCUAUUUCCCCUUCCCUUCCCAUCGCGCUCGCUAUUUCCCCUCCCCUUCCCGUCGCCUUUUCAUGGUCUCAAUUAUCGGCGGUUCUUACCAACGAACUGCAUUCCUCACAUGAUGUCCGGUAA